GGAGGCACGCCUGCCCUAAUCGGACCGGACUGUAAUCACGGGAUCGAGCACACGUGUUUUUCAGCAGCUCAAGGCAGACGAGCAUCCGUCAACUCUCAGACAAUGGUGCCAAAGGAGUGGAAGCGCCUUCCCAGCCAGGUCAAGGUACGCAGGGGUAUGAAGUCAUUCGCAGCGAAAACGCCAGCAUGGACAGUCAAAAGAAUGAGAUUCAGGACAAAUCAGACAGGCCAGGGCUCAACGAUGCAGCAGAGUGUAGCGAGGGAAAAUAUGGCGGGUCAAAUGGAAAGAUAUCGCCUCGUUCGAGCCACGACGAGGACGGGUCAGAAUGCAAAUGCUACCAGUUUGACGAUAAUCUGUCGCUCACGCUCGAUCCGGACUUCGAAUACGAACCAUUGGACGAUAGCAAAAAAGACUUCCGGCUCCUUCUUCUUCUCGGUCGUGCUUCCACUCGCGGCAUUCACAUCGCUCUCGUGCAUGUCUGCGCCGAACACCCGCCACCUUUUUACGCGAUAUCGUAUACUUGGGGCGGCCGAGCAGUGUCACGUCGGAUCCCGUGCCAUCGCGCGUAUGUUGCACAAGGGGGACCAUGCAACCCUCUGUUUGCGAUUACGUCGACAAACAUGGGAAUAGCAAUCAGCGAGUCCGUCUACUCCAUGUUGAAAGAACUACAACCUGAAGAUGGCCUUCUGGCCCUGUGGGUUGAUGCUAUAUGCAUAAAUCAGAAAGACCUUGUAGAGAAGUCGAGGCAGGUCCCGAUGAUGGAUGAAAUCUACAAGGCGUCGGCUGAAACGAUUGUGUGGAUACCCCCACCCUCUGAUAAGGACCAGAUCGAAAAUACUGUUUCUGAAAUCGAAAUGCUCCUGCGGUAUAAGAUGGAAGAAGUCGAGAUCGAAAUUUGCCCUCUGAAAAAGAGCGGGAUGGGUCUAUCGGACGAGAUCUUGGAGGGGAGCAUUGCAGAUGAGAGAUUCUCCGCCAAAGAUCUACACGUAGAAGCGAUCUUGUCGUUACUGGGCAAUGAAUGGUUCACUCGUACAUGGACGUUUCAAGAAGUUGUUUUGCCUCUACAUGUAAACAUCCGAUACGGCCACAGAGAUAUUCCGUGGGCAUACCUUGCGAAAGCAUUUUCCACAGCUGUUCGGCACCUCCAACUGUGCGAUGCGAAAGACAUAUAUCGAUUGGCAUUCGCAUUCUUGGACGUUAACUCUUAUCGAACCUGGAGCCAGAAAUAUCGAAGGAUGAUGGAGGAAGUCGUUGCAGGGCGCAAGGAGCCAGAUGAAGAACUCGCACGUCUAUCCCAUCCCUUGAGUUUUUAUCCCAUCUUGAGAGCGAUGCGUCAGCGACAGGCAACCGAUCCCCGCGAUAAAUUCUACGGUAUGCUAGGAGUGGCGAUUGAUAAUCCCAUACCUGUCGUCGACUAUUCGCUACCGGUACUGGAUGUGUACGUUGCCGCGGCUGAAGCAUGCAUGCAUACGACGAAAAGGCAUGCAUACCCCUUGCAAUUCCUUAGUGACGCCGGAUAUCUCUCGGAAGAUAAUCCCAUCCGGGGAACCAGUAAAGCGGUUAGUGCCCGAGAGUACUGGCCGUCUUGGCUUCCGGAUUGGAGUAUCCGCAGCAAAGAAGAGAAGGACGUUCAGUGCUAUACACGUCCCUGUGUCAGUGCUUCCGGCGAUAGGUCGUGGAAUGCAACAGUCAUUGCGGAGCAUCAUCAUAGUCUCAUCGACAAGCCCGGCCCGUGUUUGAGAGUUCGCGGAGUAUUGAUACUCACGAUUGAACGGCUCCUGAACGACUUCGCAGACGCCGAAUAUCGCAAGUACGCCAAGGCCAUCCUACAUUGUCAUCAACCGUAUCCAAAUUCAUCAGACUGUUAUUGUCAAAUACUGCGCUCACUCGUGGGGCCGCAUCUCUCACAUGAGGUCCAUGUAUAUCCGCCCUAUCGACACGGGCCUAAGGACACAGAAUUCUGGAGGCACAUCGCUCGAGAGCAGUCGCCUUUGGAAAAUGUUCUACCUACUCUCCAGGCUAACAGCCACGCUGGCAUCCAUAUGCGACCGGGCUUGGACGAAGUCAAUCCAGCCACGACGUCUCACGCACAAGCUGAAACAGAAUAUAUCGAAGCAUCGUCGAAUGCAAGCCGUGAGGCCCAGGCAAUCUACGAUCCCAAGGAAUCCGAGAUCAUAUCCCCGGUAGUGGAGGAAGUAGUGCUGAAUUGGAUACGUUCAAUUCCAGGUCGCAAGGUCUUCGUGACCAACGGCGGCUUCUUGGGGCAAGCACCCGCAGAAGCAAAAGCAGGCGACGAGAUUGCAAUUUUGUUCGGGGCGCAGGUUCCCUUCGUCGUUCGACGCGACGGUGAUCAUUAUCUCCUGAUCGGAGAUUGCUACAUCAUGGGGGUUGCAUGUGGGGAAGCGAUGGUUGACUUGGAUGAGUCUAAGGUCACAGACUUAUAUUUCUGGUAGCAAGAGGAGCAGAGGGGUUGAGUCAUCGCGUUCCGCUUUCGACAUCACAGGAGCUAAGAGAGCAGGGUGACCGGCUAGGUACAUGGUGCGCUGGACGCUGUUCUUCUUGCUAGCUAUUUCUGUGCAAACCGCAAGUUCGAAUCCUUCAAGACCAAUGCUUAACCCUGAUCUUGUG